AUGAGCGGUGUAGGUGAAUCACGCACAGAAUUACUGACGUGGCUGAAUGAUCUUCUCAAGCUUAACUACACUAAAAUUGAGCAAUGUGGCACAGGGGCGGCGUACUGUCAGAUCAUGGAUUCGAUCUACGGGGACGUGCCAAUGCAUCGAGUGAAGUUUAAUUCGACUGCAGAGUAUGAGUUUAUGACGAACUUCAAGAUUCUACAAAGCUGCUUCACCAAGCACAAGGUGGAGAAGAUCAUAUACGUCGAAAAGCUUGUCAGGUGUAGGUUUCAAGACAACUUAGAAUUUCUACAAUGGCUCAAGAGAUACUGGACACAGCAUAAGGACGAGAGCAUUUACGAUCCCGAUUCAAGAAGAAAGUUUCGACCCACAGCCAAUAGUGCACCUACUAGUGGAUCAAUCAUUAAUGUUGCCAAAAGAAGGACCAGUUCUGGACCUAGAAGUUCCUUAACAGGUGCUACUCGAAGCGGAUCGUUGCCCUCUCGCAACCAGGGAGCAUUGGGCACACGAAGGGUGACUACUGAGCAGUUACUGAGCAUGCAAGCUGAGCUAUCACAAGCUCAGGCAAAUAUACAAUCACUUCAGAAAGAGCUAACUCAAUAUAAGGAGGCCAUGCCAAUCAUGGAAAGGGAGCGCGAUUUCUACUUUGGAAAACUCAGGGAUAUUGAGAUUCUUUCACAGUCAACGAAAGAUCUCUGCAAAGAAGGUGUUUAUGAAAACGAAUCUGAAGCACUUGUCAAGUUCCUGAACAAGGUACAGCAAAUUUUGUACGCAACUGAGGAAGGGUUCGAGGUAAUAGAGGAAGAUUCACAGCCUGUUUCUCAAUCGCAAGAUGCGUUAGGAUAUGAAAAGCUACCUACUGAAAAUUUAGUUGACGCUAAGCAUCAGCCGCCACAAAAUCUGAUCACUGAUGAGGAAACAUUCUAA